AUGGCGUGGCUACUCUUCGCCCUCUCUCUGGGGCAGCUUGCCGAAGGCACUCGAAAUGGCCCCUCGCUACAUGCCAACUCCUUCUUGCAGAUGUUGGAGCCCGCGAUGAUGCAUGACGAAGAUCACCGGGCUCCCUUUCAGCGGAGGCCCGAGACAUUGAGACCGUCUUCGGAGCUCGAAGUGGCAGAGACGGAAGAUCUGACUGGAGGUCGGUACGAUGACGAGAUCUGCGACAUGUGCAUGUGGGCGGUGGAGCACAUCGUCUCGAAGUGCUGUGUUUCCGGGAAUUUAAUGCACGAGAUCUCCUGCGAUCCACAUCUGCCCUCCUGCGAGAACAAUGUGACUUACUCCCUGAUGCGACGGAUCGCGCAUGCUCAGGCCGUCAAAAGCAAGUCCUGCUGGAAAAGCUCAUUCACAUGCAGCAGUUCGAAGCACGAGAUGUUCGAUCGCGUCUGGAGCGAUCUCACCGGCCUCGGGAACAUCCUGCGGCUCUGGCAGAAGGUGCGCCCCUUGAAGCCGACAUCGGCUCUCGCCGCCUUCGAGGUGUGCAAGAUGGGUGUUACCGAGACCUACGAUUGCGUCGGCGACGUCGAUUCCGGGCAUAUCCACCGGGGGAAGACCCAAUUGCGUGAUCUGCCAAAUAGCGACGUGAAGAUCCAAGAUCACAGGAAGCACACCUGCAAGAGUGUGGGGCUCUCAACGGAGGACCACUGGGGAGGGUGCUCGUACGAGGACAAGCGGUGCCUCAAAACCGCGAAAACCUGGAAGACCAUGAAGAUGUGUGCCUAUGCGUCCCAGAAGCCGAAAGGCGAAAAGAUUGACCUCACCAUGAUAUCCGAUGAUGAGCUCGAUUCUUUCGAUGAGGAGGAGGAAGAGGACUCGGAACCUGAUCCGUUCCAGGAUAUCCCUUCCGUUCAAGGCGAGCAGGACGAAGUUGUGUUCGAGGCCGAUGACGACCUGGGCUUCCCGGAGCUAGAGAUCCGUUGGAAUCCGGAGCUGAACAGCUGGACGGCGGCCGACGGGAAGUUCGACAAGACGAACCAGGAGUGCCUUCGCAAGCUGGGGGAGGAGUCGAAUCUCACCCAGUUCCUGGGCGAUGGAACAAGCCAGAAGAUGGUGAAGGACAUGUGCAUCUUCCUCUACGAGGUUGGUGACGAGCCGGGUGCAGCGGGCACAUGGUACCUGGAGAACGUCCCCACGGAAGUUCGCGGCCUGCUGAAGACCGCCUAUGGCGGCGGCUCCUUCACUGGCUUUCUAUUCCGCACGCUGCUGACAGUGGAGGACAAUCUCCAAAACGUUGGUUUCGGCUCGGGGCUGGUGAAGAAAGCCAACAAGGUCACCAGCAAAUAUGACCAGAAGGGUGUCAUGGCAUACGAGACGAAGGAUCUGGAGAAGAAGCUCCACUACAUUCGCCACUUUGUGGAGACCUACAAGGUAGACCUGGAAAGUGUGGAAGGCUUGCAAGGGUGCGGCAGCGAGGAUGCCUGCAUCGCAAAGGCCGGCGAGAUCUUUCCGACCUACAACCAUUUCUUCUAUCGGAAGCUCGCUCUGGGCAGUCGGAAGAUGCUCUGCUACAGCCAGGACGCAGGUGAGUGCCAGGAGAUCGACGAGAACGCCCGCGCGACGAAGAGCUUGGUUUCUCCGGCAGACGGACGUGUCAUCGUUUUCCCAGACUUCAUCCCCGAAAAGACAGGCUUCUGGGUCAAGGGCGAGCAGUUCCUGCUGCAGAGUUUGGUCAGCUUCAAGCGCGAUAGCGACUACAGGUACUACGAUCACGGGGUCGCCUUCAUCGUGCGUUUGGCGCCUCAGGACUACCACCGCUUCCACUUCCCGGUAGAUGGGGUUGUCAAAAGCUUCGAGAACUACCCGGGCAACUACUACUCGGUCAACCCCAUCGCAGUGCAAUCGACGGACCCUGUCUUCACGACCAACAAGCGUAUGCACGUGACACUGGACACCGGCGAGGACAACCUCGGCUGCGUCACCUACGUCUCCGUGGGAGCCACGAAUGUGGGCUCCGUGAUGCACACCUCCUACGUUGGGCAGGACUGA